AUGAAUGAACCCCGGCCACGUUAUGUCAUCAACCGCCCUGCUUAUUCUAUCGAUGACUUUGAUGAAGAAUUUGAAAGGAAAAGUAGAAGUUACCCUCUUGGAGAGAAAAUAAAGAAUCUUUUCAGAUGUUCACCAUCGAGACUCAAGCUGAUCUUGUACAGUUUGUUUCCCAUCCUCCUGUGGCUCCCAAAAUACAAAAUCAAAGAUUACAUAGUGCCUGAUGUUCUUGGUGGUAUCAGUGCUGGAACCAUUCAAGUACCUCAAGGCAUGGCCUUUGCUCUGCUGGCCAAUCUACCUCCAAUCAAUGGGCUCUACUCUUCAUUCUUCCCUUUGAUAACAUAUUUCUUGCUAGGUGGUAUUCAUCAGAUGGUCCCAGGUACUUUUGCAGUCAUCAGUAUUAUUGUGGGGAAUGUCUGCCAUGAACUGGCUCCUGAUCAUGAAUUCCACUACGUUAACCACACAACCAAGGAGAUAAUGGUUAACCACACAGCCAUGGAGGCAGCCAGACUGGAGAUCUCUGCAACGUUGGCUUGUUUGACAGCCAUAAUACAGAUAUGCCUAGGAUUUGUGCAGUUUGGCUUCGUCGCUAUCUACCUUUCUGAAUCCUUCAUCAGGGGCUUCAUGACAGCAGCCGGCCUACAGAUACUCAUCUCAGUGCUCAAGUACAUCUUUGGGGUGACAAUUGCAUCUUACACAGGGCCCCUUGCUAUUGUCUAUACAUUUAUUGAUAUUUGCAAAAGCCUGCCUAAGACCAACGUGGCCUCCCUGGUGUUCGCCUUGGUCAGCACUGUGCUCCUGAUUAUUGUGAAAGAGCUGAAUGUGAAGUACAUGAAAAAGAUUCGAGUCCCUAUCCCCAUGGAAAUCAUUAUAGUCAUAGUAGCUACUGCCGUUUCUGGAAGCUUUAAUAUGCCUGAGAAAUAUGACAUGCCAAUUGUUGGGCACAUUAACAUGGGCUUUCCUGCUGCCACGCUUCCUCAAGUAGGCAAGUGGAAAGAUAUGAUCGGCACAGCUUUUUCACUUGCCAUUGUGGGCUAUGUGAUCAAUCUGGCCAUGGGUAGAACUCUUGGCACCAAGCAUGGCUAUGAUGUUGACCCCAACCAGGAAAUGCUGGCCCUUGGUUGCAGCAACUUCUUUGGAUCUUUUUUUAAAAUCCAUGUGAUCUGCUGUGCACUUUCUGUGACCCUAGCUGUGGAUGGAGCUGGAGGAAAAUCUCAGGUGGCAAGUUUUUGUGUGGCAGUGGUAGUGAUGAUAACCAUGUUGUCUUUGGGGAUCUACCUGAGUCCUCUUCCUAAGGCUGUUUUGGGAGCCCUGAUAGCUGUGAACCUGAAGAAUUCUCUGAAGCAACUGACUGAUCCUUACUACCUCUGGAAAAAAAGCAAGUUGGACUGUAUGGUCUGGGUGGUGAGCUUCCUCUCUGCCUUCUUCCUGGGCUUGCCCUUUGGACUUGCUGUGGGAGUGGGAUUUUCCAUCCUAGUAGUGGUUUUCCAUACCCAGUUUCGCAAUGGCUGUAUCCUUGGCCCAGUAGCUGCUUUUGAUAUAUACAAGAACCCCAAAGUCUACAAUAAGGUCCACGAAAUAGAAGGGAUUAAAAUUGUCACUUACUGCUCCCCGCUGUACUUUGCUAAUUCAGAGAUAUUCAGGGAGAAAGUCAUAGCCAAGACUGGUGUGGACCCCAUAAAAGUCUUCUUGGCUAGGAAAAAGUAUGUGAAGAACCAGGAAAAAGUGGCGAUGGCAGCAGCAGCCUCAGUACAAAAAACAAGCAAGCUAAAAUCUGUCUUCAGGAAAAACAAGACCAUAUCACUGCAAGAACUUCAAAAGGACUUUGAAAGCUCUACUCCAACAGAUACCAACAACAACCAGACAGCUGCCAAUGGCACCAACAUUUCCUACGUAGCAUUCAAUCCUUCUCAAGGAAGCACAACUAGUCAUCGGAGCAGCACCUGUAGUAAUAUUCCAGCCUCAAAUGUUGAUCCUAUGACUACAGCACCCCCAUUUGUCAACUUCCACACCAUUAUCCUGGAUAUGAGUGGAGUUUGCUUUGUAGAUCUGAUGGGUACAAAAGCUCUGGGAAAGCUAUGUACCAACUACCAGAGGAUUGGGAUCAAAGUUUUCCUGGCAAAUGUGCCUGCCCAAGUGUAUGAUGACAUUCGCACAGGUGGAGUCUUUGAAGAAGGUGGCCUUGAGCCCAGUCAUGUCUUUGUGACCAUCCACGAUGCUGUUUUGUUCGCAACAAUGAAUGGCAACAGAGCCACACAUCGUCCCAUCUUUGAAGAGAGAGCAAGUCAGAUAGAAAUCUCUGUCUCUGAUGAGUCUCUGGAAGACAGCAGCGCUGAAUUCCAUAACUUGGAAGAGGAAAUGUUUGGAGGCAUUUUUCAUUCAGAGACCCAGACAGCACUGUGAGUCCUUCAGGAACACUGUUAAGCAAUUGACUCCUUAACCAAGGAAUGCCUUUUAGGAAGAAAGGUUCCUUCAUCCAAACAGAGCGGACAAUAGGCUCAGUGCAUCUGAGCCAUAGGACCAUUGUGCUUUGGGGGCACUGAGGCCAAAAUGCCUCUUUUACCUGACAUUCUUUCCUCCUUCCAUUCCUCUCUGCUUUCCAAAUUCAGAGCAACUGGCUCUUGAAGCAGGUAACAUGGGCAACAGAAGAAGGAACUCAGGGACUAAACAUUGCCUACAUAGAGCAGCAGGAAUAUAACUACACUUCUCUGGUCCUCGUUUGUUGCUCAUUCACAUUUCAAGCUUACAUACCCAGAUGUAUGAACACAAGCACACCAAGGAACUAUUAAGCAUUAGCUUUGUUCUCAUAAACAUGAAAAAUACAUGGAAACACUUGCUGGAGCGGCAGACAGAAGUCUCACAAUAUGCAGCUACUUGAGUUUGUGAAGGGUCAGUUUUUUCUAAGGUGCGCACUGACUUUGGACCUCAUACUACAAGUAAACAAGUCCCCGGUAACACUCCCAGUCCCUCCUCUGAUUGUUAGCACUAAGAUAUAAGUCUGUCCCUUCUUUCUGGGGCUCAAAUGCAGCAGCAUAAUCUGUGGCUGUCACUCAUUGCCUCGAAGAACUGCUGCGUUUUGACACCAGUGCUUCAACGAAGAUCUGCCUUGUC